GCCCCCAGCAGAGGCCACUCGGUGUGUUCAUACAGCAGCGCUUUCAUUCCCCUGGUGUGAGCAGUCCAGGAGGAGGAGAGGCCUCACCGCACAGCGUCGCUCCUCAGACCUCCACGCCGACGCAGGCCACCCCCGCUCCCCGACUGUGCACUGUGCUGCCGCUCUCUUGAGUCCCUCUGACCGCCUUGAGGAGUGACCCACUCACCAGGAUCCCCUUUAAAGACGAGUCGGUCAGAUGGAAUAGCGACGAUGGAGGACGCGUACGAACUGGAGCUCACCUACGUCACGGAGCGCAUCAUUGCCCUGUGCUUCCCCCGGGCGUGCGCCGAGGACGCGUACCGCGCCAACCUGCAGGGCGUCACGCGCAUGCUCAAGUCCAAACACGGCGACAGCUACCUCGUGAUCAACCUUUCUGAGAAGAGACAGGACCUCAGCAAGAUCAAUUCCAAGGUCAUGGACCUGGGCUGGCCGGACCUGCACGCCCCACCCCUGGACAGGAUGUGCACCAUCUGCAAGGCCAUGGAGAGCUGGCUGAACGCCGACCUGCAGCAUGUCGUGGUCAUCCACUGCCGGGGCGGCAAAGGAAGGAUCGGGGUGGUCAUCUCCUCCUUUGUGCACUUCACUGACAUAUCCGCAAGUGCCAACCAGGCCCUGGAGCGCUUCACCAUGAGGAAGUUCUACGACGACAAGGUCUCCACUUUGAUGAGCCCUUCGCAGAAGCGCUAUGUCUGGAUUCUGAACAGCUUGUUGACCGGAUCAAUAAAAAUGAACACAUCCCCUCUCUUCCUGCACUGUGUCAUUCUCCACGGAGUACCCGACUUCGACACCGCAGGAGCCUGUCGCCCCUAUCUGAAGGUCUACCAGGGAAUGCAAGCGGUCUACUCCUCUGGGAUUUACAACAUCGGAGCGGGCCACAGGAACCGGGUUUACAUCGUCCUGCAGCCAGCACAGCUCCUCAAAGGUGACAUCCUGGUUAAAUGUUACCAUAAAAACGUCCGCACAGUAACCCGAGAGGUCAUCUUCCACGUUCAGUUCCACACUGGUGCCGUUCAAGGAUACAGCCUCAUAUUUGAGAAGGAGGACCUAGAGGUGGCCAACAAAGAUGCCCGAUUUCCAGAUUACGGGAAGGUCGAGCUGGUCCUGUCUGAGAGUCCCGAGAAAAUACAAGGAUCGGAUCACUGGAGGAACGUUCCCGACAUCGCGGUGGACUACAACACGACCGACCCGCUCAUCCGCUGGGACUCCUACCAGAACCUCAGCUGCGACGGGGAAGUGCCGCACGUGCACGUCUCCCCUGACGCCACCUCGGGCACCAAAGUCAGGCAGAGGAAUCGGGAUGGAUCCACGCCAGGACUGGUUGCGCUACAGGGCGUGCCGCAGGACGGUGCCUCGGAUCACAGCAACCGCACCUUGAGCACCAGCAGUGACUCAGGCUUCUCCAGCGCCUCGGCGCAGACCGGCCGCCUUCCACGCUCCCUGUGCGGCCCCGGCAGCCGCGACGUGACCGAGUCGAAGAGACCGCCUAGCAGACCCGGGCCCAUCGUUGGGAUGUCAGAGCGUAGCCCUCCCACAAGGGGACAGCGUGCAACUGUCAACGGAGAUCUCAGGAAAAAGCAGCAGGAGACAGAACUCCUGGAUGAGGAAGUUCCUGCCCAUGACCUGCGUAGCGUGGGCAGCAUCGGCACGCUGUCCUCCGACGGGCCUUACUGCAGCUACCACAAGAGCAGCCAGAACUCCCUGCUGUCAGACGGCAUUGGGAGCAACGACACCGGGACCGAGGACGGCUUUGAGCGGCCGUGCUUCCAGAGAAACGGCUCCGUCUCUCAGGAUAUGCAUCCCCAGGCCUUCGGUGAGACAGGCUACACUACGCAGAGCUGGGUUCGCCAUCAGCAGAUGGUAGCCGCCCAGCAGUACCUAUACUCGCCUUCGGAGGGCAGCACGCGGCUCUCUCCGGGAACACACGGCAGCCCGCAUCGACCCAACGUUCCUCCAGAUACGCCGACUCGAGGUAGCAGCAGCAGGGAUGCCGUGCAGAGAGCUGGCAGCACGUUCCAUCGCGAUGCAACACGUGUGCACGCUUCGGAUGAACUCAGCUCCCUCACUGUUGACAUCGACCAGUCCAUUGACCAGCUCAACCAGCUCAUCAUGGACUUGGACCCCACCUUCGUGCCUGUUUACACACAGUCUAGCUCAAUUGGAAGAGACGGCAUGGCUCACACUAAUGGGUUGGCCAGUGGCCGCACCAACGGCAUGAGUUACAGACGCUUAGAUAGCGGAGGGACUGAAGCCCAAAAUCCGUGCCAAUCAGCCAGUGACGUCGGACGGGACAGGAAAUACAGCCCGAGUCGCCACGAUGGGGUCGCUGACGAUGCGGGACUCCGCCCCUCCGGAUGGGGCUCAGGGGAGGAGCUUCGGAACUCGCCCGUCUGCAAGGCCAGUCAGAUCACCUUACAGCCCGACCGCGUGGACAACAGAUACAGGAGUGAGGAGGCGAAAGGCAGGGUGCCAGCUAUCAGUGAGGUCGUUCCCCCUACGCCGGCCUUCCCGUUCCCACCACCCACGCCCUACGUGAGGGACCACUUUGACUUUCCCCACGUCACCCAGUCCCCUCAAGGCAACCCUGCAUCUGGGCCGUACAGGACGCAGCUCGAGUCCAGGGGAUACCUGGAGAACCCAGGUCACGGCUCCUUGACCCCGGACGUCCCCGUGUCCUUCUCUUUAUCACCCACCCAGCGGCCCCUGGUGUCCAUGCACUCUGUAUCCACAGACAAUCUCCUUCCAUGGUCAGAAAGGGCUCUGCAGAGCCACCAGUCUUCCCACGGGGGAUUUGCCCCAAAGACGACUGGUCAGCACCAGCACGGCUCUCCUGGCCUGUACCACAGCACCCCUGGCUGCCAGAGCUCCCCGAGGGCGGUCAAGGGCGGGCCGGCUGCCAAGUACCCCCAAAGCCGCAGCCCAGGUCAAGGCUUCGAAGACCACGACGGCUCGUGUUCCCGGAAGGUGGAAGUGACUCUGAAUGGGGGCCUGGAGUUGCCACCGCUGCCGGAGAAGAGGAGGGUCUCUCAGGGCGAGCAGUCCCUGGGCUCCACCUCCCCGGCCCCCAGCGGUUUCUCCAGCCCCCCCAGCGCAGGCUUCAUCGGCACACCAGCGUCAGAUGGCAAGCAGGAAAACGCUAAGUUUGUACAGGACACGUCAAAGUUUUGGUACAAACCAGACAUCUCGCGGGACCAAGCCAUCGCGCUGCUAAAGGAAAAGGAACCGGGCUCCUUUAUUGUUCGGGACAGCCACUCUUUCCGGGGGGCUUAUGGGCUGGCCAUGAAGGUGGCCGCGCCCCCUCCCACUGUGCUGCAGCAGAGCAAGCGAGUCUUGCCCACUUGCCCUCCAUUCCCACUGGGCUGCACGCUGCCUCCUGCAGGCGGAGAUCUGUCCAAUGAGCUCGUCCGACACUUCCUGAUUGAGUGCACGCAGAAGGGCGUGCGGCUGAAGGGAUGCCCCAACGAGCCCUACUUCGGCAGCCUCACCGCCCUGGUGUGUCAUCACGCCAUCACCCCGCUGGCUCUGCCUUGCAAGCUCAUUAUACCCGAGAGAGGUGAGCGCCCUCUGCUGACCUGCUCACCGCCAUGUCUCUGUCUCCACGGGUUCGAGUUCUCGGAUCGCGUCUCUCCGUCCACAGCAUUUUUAUCCCCUGGUGUCACUGUUCACAGAUGUUGGCCCACGUUGGCUUUGUGUGGGAGGCCGUGCUGUGUUUGUCGGGGAGGCGCCGAGUCUCUGACCUCGUACCUUCAACCCGUCCUUAAGCUGGACUUGUCCCCCCGAUGUGUCUCCUCUGUUGCAGAUCCCCUGGAGGAGGUCGGAAAUUCCUCGUCUCAGACGGCAGCCAACUCAGCUGCCGAGCUGCUGAAGCAGGGAGCUGCCUGUAACGUGUGGUUUCUUGGCUCCAUGGACAUGGAGUCACUGACUGGCUACCAGGCGGUGCAGAAGGCCACCAGCAUGACCCUAAGCAUGGACCCACCACCCACCUCCACGGUAGUCCACUUUAAGGUCUCCACCCAGGGCAUCACCCUCACGGACAACCAGAGGAAGCUCUUCUUUAGGAGGCAUUAUGCUGUGAGCACCGUGAUAUUUUGCGCCUUGGACCCUCAGGAUAGGAAGUGGACAAGAGACGGAUGUUCCUCGGCAAAGAUCUUUGGGUUCGUGGCGAGGAAGAGCGGCAGCGCCACGGAGAACGUGUGCCACCUCUUCGCUGAGCACGACCCCGAGCAGCCGGCCAGCGCCAUCGUCAACUUCAUCUCCAAGGUCAUGAUUGGAUCCCAGAGGGGCAAGUAGGGCAGAGUUAGAGGCCCCAGUGUCCCUGAAGCCCCUACAUCGUAAUCCUCUCUCCACCACACAGCUUGAGUACAGGACCCCCCACAGGGAUCAAACAGAGGCCGUUAAUUCCCUUUGUCUAUAAUGUUGUGUACAUUUCCAUAUAUUGCCUUCUUAUUGUACUUCUUUUAUUUUUAAUUGAAAAAUCCCACCUAGAGGGAGUCUGGCCAAAUGUACGGACCUAUCUGCCCUGAAUUACUCCAAUAAAAUUACUAGCUGUAGAAAGGGGCUAAAAAAGGAAAAGAGAGAAUCACUUUGCAUAAAAGCAUGAGGUAAGCAAUGCAGCAAUGUCGAAAGAACAUUUGUGUUAAUUCCUGCAUUUACUGCUUUACCAUUUCUUCCAUAACAUAAAUUCAAAUGCAUUUCAUUUGUACAAUAUACUGAAUGGCAAUGUAGCUUUAUUUAAAGAACUGAGGAUAUGAAAGCGCUUUCAAAAAGUACUCUAGUUUAUAUUUGGUCUUUUUUGUAAAGUAGGUGGCACUAUGUACAGUAAACAUGUUUCUUUUUCAUGCUGCUAGA